AUGGACUCAGUCGCAGGGUUUUUUUGGGAUGAUCACAAUCCCAGGGCUACCAGUGUAAUAGAUAAUAGCGCUCAAAGAAGUUCAGAGGCCCUUCGAAACGGAGGAAAGCAGAGUGAAACGAAGAAUGAUCGCAAGGGUAGCGCCAGCUCUAUAGGGGCUAGUAGUGGUCUGGCUAGCACAACUCAACAAUUACUGGCUGAUAAACUGGUGGAGAAAAUCAUAUAUAUGGCACUACCACCGUCAUCUGAUCUUGCUAAAGAAACUAUUGUCCAUCGAGUAGAAGCGGGGAAGAACAGGCCUGGCCUUUCUGUUCCAAUAAUGAGCAGGAACUUCAUUCAGAUGAACUCAAGAUUAAGCGUUCCAUUCAUGAUCAUUGACGAAAUAAUUCGAAUAUUCAACUGGUCUAACCCCGCCUACACAUUGUCCGUGAUGUCCCUUUAUACAUAUGCCGUGUUAAAACCGCUUCCUACACUAGCUAGUGCUCCCAUAUUUUACCUGCUAUUUGGUGUGAUGGUUCCACAGUAUCUCAAAAUCCAUAAGCCAGAUCCAAACCCAGCUCUAGGGACAAGUCCAAUUCCCGCUUCAGGCCCUCCUUUACUGAAAGCAGAAGUUCCAAAACCAGUUCCAGAGUUUAGCAAGGAAUUCAUUUUAAACUUAACAGAUCUUCAGAAUCAUAUGAUGAUAUACGUCGUCAUAUUCGACUUCAUAAACUCUAUUCUGUCAAAAUUUGCGUUUUUCACAGAUGAAAGUAUAUCAUCUGUAUGCUUUCUUGUGCUUCUCGUGCUCGCGUGCUUCAAUGCACUUUUCAUGGACUCAAUUGCGCGCUUUCUUCCAAUAAGAAUGAUUCUCGUAGUUAGUGGGUGGCUUAUUGUAAUGGUGUUGCAUCCACAAAGCAGAGAUCAUGUUCUAUCAAAGUUUACCUCAGAAGAAACCCGAUUAAAGGUAUUGACGAUAACGAAUAAAGCUGAAAAAGUUGUGGACGAGUACUUUAGGUACUACGAACCCAGGGAAAAACGCCAGGCAUCCAUUUUUGAGUUACAAAAAUACAACGACAAAAACAAAGCAUGGGAGCUAGUCGGUUAUUCUACAGACCAUUACACAAUCCUUUCUGACUUGAGAGUUUCAGAGGGGAAAAUUGAAGAUUCUGCGCAGAGUCUUGAGGAAGUGAAACCACCAAUAGAAUGGGUAUGGAUGACCAAUUCCAAGUGGGUACUCGAUCUUGAUCCCCUUAGCUGGGUUGAAACUGAAUUUGUUCAAUAUGUCGAAGUCGAUACUGGGACGAAAUGGGUUUACGACGCCAAUUUCGACGGUACAAAAGGGGAGUUCAGGCGAAGAAGAUGGAUCAGGAUAUGCACAAGAGAGGCUGAAGACGCUAUUCUUCCCAGAAACAAAGGCACAUCCGAGGAAGGAGUUGAUUUCCAGUCUCAAAUGAAAGAUUGCUACAAUGGAUAUGAAACAAAUAUCCAAAUGAACAGCGCAUAUUCGAAUAAUGAACAGCGGAAUAGAGAUAAUUCCUUGCAUGCUUCAGAUGGUAUGGUUAAAUCAACGUCCAAUAAUUCGAUAGCAAGCGAGACAAGUGGACUAAGUAAUCAAGAGUCCACAAAAUCAAAUAUCUCCGUAUCCAAUUCUUCCAAGGCAGUCAAAAGCUUAACAGAUUUUUUGAGUUUAGCGCCAUAG